GUGGUUGUUGUUGUUGGUGGUGGUUAUUGAGUGAGUGAUUGGUGGUGGUCGUUGGUUGUUGGUUGGGGUGGUUAUUGGUGGUGGUAGUUGUUGGUUGUUGCUGCUGCUGCUGCUGGUGGCUGCGUCCCGCCGACUGGAGCGAUGUGCCCCACGCGCCACGUGCUGGCCUGCAUGCUGGCCUGCGCCCUGCUCGAGGUGGCCUGCGGCCUCGCAAGCAUCGCCCUGGGGGCCGCAUCCGUGGCCUGGGCGCUGCGGGGGGCCCAGCCGGUCCGCCUGGGGCACGGGGCCCCCCUGUGGAGCGGAGUUUGCUUCCUGCUGUGCGGCGUGUGCGGCGUCUUCUGCGCGAAGAGGAAGUCGGGGAGGCUGAUGAUUCUCUUCUCUGCUCUCUGCAUCUGCGGACUCAUCGCCGGCAUCCUGAGUUUCCGCUUCGUGUGGGUGCACGACCACUCCGGGGGCGCCUCCCCAAACCUCACCGCCGUCGCGACGGUCCCAGCCGGGGCAGCGACAGCUGGCGAGACAGCUGGUGCAACAGCUGGUGCGACAGCUGGUGAGACAGCUGCUGAGACAGCUGGUGCAACAGCUGGAUGGACAGCUGGGACAACAGCUGGCGAGACAGCUGGUGAGACAGCUGGUGCAACAGCUGGAUGGACAGCUGGGAAAACAGCUGGCGAGACAGCUGGUGCAACAGCUGGGACAACAGCUGGAUGGACAGCUGGAUGGACAGCUGGGACAACAGCUGGAUGGACAGCUGGUGUAACAGCUGGUGAGACAGCUGGGACAGCAGCUGGCGCGACAGCCGCCAAAGCAGCCGCCUCCGGCCCGGUUGCGCAACCACCGCGGCGGCCGAGACCAGCGCCGCCGCCGCGCCACCAGCGGAGUUGGCGCGGCGGCGGCGGUGCCGCGGGGCGUCCGGAGGGGCACGUGGCGGUGGCGUCGCUGAGCGUGGCGGGCGUCGGGGUGGCGGGCUGCGCCGCGUCCGCGUGGCUCACGUGCCGCCUGGCUCGCAACGAGCAGCGCCGCAUGUUCGUGGAGAUGGAGCACUCGCUGCACCACACGCACGAGCUCACCGAGAGGGAGCUGGCCGAGGUGCUGAACAACGGCAUCUCGCCUGUGUCCCAGGGCAGCAAAUCCUUCUGAAACGCCCGAGACACCGCCUCCGACCCCACCUCCAGGCGUCACCUCCGGCCCCACCUCCAUCAAAGACGAUGACGACGAUUGCUCCUCUUGUGGACGGCUGUGGACGUGCUCUGCCCCAGAUGGAACACGCGGUGUGCGUGUCGGGUGUCGGAUGGCGUCAUGCCAGCUGCGCCUUGGUGUCUGCGGGUGCGUCUCUCGCGUCUCCUCUGUGAGACGGCGUCUCCCCGGUGCUGCUGAAUACCUCUGGCGCAGGUGGACUGCCAGGUGGACCGCCAGGUGGACUGCCAGGUGGACCGCCAGGUGGACCUGUCCGGCGUCAGGGGGUGCCAGGCUUGAGGGAUCGAUGUUACAGCGCUUCAGCGGGUCCUUGCUGUGGUCCUUGAAGCGCUUUCUCUGUCCUCCAGCGGAGCGUUUGGCUGUGCUGAGUUGCCCCCUCCCCCCCGGAGAGAACUCGACGGGAGGGCGGGGGGACGGUGAUCAGGCACGCAGGUGACACGUGGUCGUUCAGCCACGCUCGCUUCAAUGCAGGAUGACUCGAUGUGUGGAACUCCGUACAUCCCGGUUGUAUUAUGUGAGUUCGUGGGCCGCGAGGGCUGAGCUUCUAUUUAAAGCUUUCGUGACUGCAGGGAUUAAUCUUCUUGGUUCUUUCGGUAAAGUCACGUAG